GAACAAGUGAGGCACAUACUAACUCCGAACCCAGGAGGAAGAUCCAGAACAAUAGGAUUGCAGCAGAGACUAGAGAUGGCGGGAGUCGCGGAAGCUCCAAACAGACCUGCCAGACCCCUUCCCCCUUCUCAGGCCAGAGGCCCUCCACCUCCCGCUCGCCCCCGCUUCGAGCCAGUUGAUCGCGAAAAGACCUGCCCUCUCUUGCUUCGGGUUUUCACUAAGAUUGGAGGUCAUCAUACCAAGGAAGAUUUUGCCGUGAGGGGCAAGGAGCCCAAGGAUGAGGUUCAAAUAUAUACAUGGAAAGAUGCUAAUCUUCGUGAGUUAACCGAUCUGGUCAAAGAGGUAGCUCCCGCAGCAAGAAGAAGAGAUGCAAAACUAUCAUUUGCAUUUGUAUAUCCUGAUAAAAAUGGCCGUAAUGUGGUGAGACCGGUUGGGAUGACACAUUCGUAUGGAAAUGGGAGGCGACAAGAUGACAGCAAAACGCUGGCUGAACUUAGCUUUCAGAUUGGUGACUACUUGGAUGUGGCGAUCCUAUAGAGGAAAAACUUUUGCUGUUGUGGAGCAGUGCUGAUGUUAUUGAUAUAACAGCAAUCUCUUGCAACUCCAGUUGAUCGUCAAUGGUUUCUCUCAUAGGUCUCAGUUUAUUUUCAACUAGGAUUUGUGCCUGCCAGCAUAUGCUUUAUAACAAUGUAUUCUGGGAUCCAUUGCUUAACUACUUAAUGUGAUGCAGAAAAACGAGAUAUCUAGUUGUUUAGGGUGUAAUGCAUUAGAUUUCAUCCUUU